AUGUACUUGCCAAUCAACUUCCCCCUGAUCCCGGAGGGAUGGGAAGGAGAAUGGAAAGAGUGUAACUCCCAGGGGCUGAGGCUGCAGAGGCAGGAAGAGGACAAGCUGGUUGAUGUCCCUAAGGAGCACGGGGUGGUCCCCCCUCUCAGAGAACACCCUUCCCUUCCCAUCUGCACCUCCCAGAGCCAGGGGACAGAGGUGCAGGGAGACUCCACACCUUUCUGCAGUGAUAUUUUCACCAUUGUGCCCAUGGAGGGAGAUAUCUUGCCAAAUUCUUCACUUGAAAUCAAUGUGAUCUUUAAGCCCAAAGAAGCCAGAGUCUACCAAGAGGCAGCCUACUGUGACAUCUCAGGCUGUGAGACCAGGCUGCCCCUGUGCAUCAGCGGGGAAGGCGUCGGGCCCCAGGUGGAACUCAGCUGCGACCAGCUGAGCGUCGGGAAGGUGUUUGUUGGCUCAAGCCACAGCUACGGGGUGCUCCUGCUCAACAGAGGAGUUACUGAGGCUCCCUUCAGCGUGGUGUAUCCGGAUAGAGCUCUGGACUCCUGCUUCACCUUUGCCCCCCGGGAGGGCAUGCUUUUGCCUUUGGAGCAUCAGGUCAUCCGGAUCUCCUUCAAUGCCAGUGUCCUGGGGCAGUUCACAGAAGAAUUCCAGUUGAGUGUGAAGGGAUCCCCUGAGCCUCUGACGCUGACUGUGAGUGGCUGUGUCAUUGGGCCAGCGUUUCAUUUCGAUGUAUCGUGCCUCCGCUUCGGUGAAGUCUCCUUCGGCUUUCCUCACACCCUGUGCUGCCGCCUCACUAACACUUCCCCAGUGCCCUUCAACUUCAACCUUCGCAUUCGGGACGGCUUGGGAGCACCCAGCGUGACCAGUUUUGCUCAGGUUGUCAGAGCGCACUGGUCCUGUGGUGGAGAAAAGCGAGGCCGAGGUGCCAACAAGCCAUGCUGGAAUUUACUAGUCAGGCCCUUCAGAGGGAGUGUCUGCUCCAAGGGACACUUGGAUAUCCAGGUCACCCUGUGCUCCAACACCGUGAAGAGAUACAAGCUGGCCCUGGUGGUAGAUGUGGAUGGUGUUGGCAGAGAGGUGUUAUCGCUGCUCUCUCUGCCUAGAUGUGUAGUUCCCCCGCUGCGAGUGCUCCAGCCGGCUGUGACAUUUGGACGAUGCUCUCUCAAAGUCCCUUAUCAGCAGAUGCUGACCCUUGUGAACGACAGCAACCUUCCAGGCUGCUACUGGGCUCUUCCUCAGGAGAACAAGGAGGCUGCUGCUGUGUGGUACUCCAGCCCUGAGCCCCGUGGGAUUCUCCAGCCUCACAGCUCGGUGGAGAUCCCGUUCACACUGGAAGUCCAGGUGACAGGAAAUCAUGACACCGUUGCUCAUGUUGCGGUGUUUGGGAGUAAGGAAUCCCCACUGAAAAUCCAUUUCUUGAGCACUGGAGAAGGACCAGUUGUCCACGUGCAGCCAAGCCAGAUCAAUUUUGGCAGCAUCCAAGUUCUACAAGAUGCUUCCCGAACCCUCCACCUCUCCAAUCAGUCUGUCAUCCCCGCAUCCUUCUCAGCAAAGAUGGCUGCUGAAAACUCGCGCUGGAGUAUUGGACCCAGUCAAGGAGUGAUCCCUGCCAAGGCCGAGGUGUCUGUGGCUGUCACUGCAAACUUGGAUGACACGGAGCAAUUCAAGGAUGAGGUGGUGCUGUUCAUUGAGAACAGUCGUGCCUGCGUCAUCCCCGUCCAGGCUGUUGGCGUUGGCAGCACGAUUGUCAUUGACAAACCCUUUGGGCCGGAGCUCAACCUGGGAGCCUGCUUCAGCGUGGAUCCCUGCUGUUACCGCUUCAAGAUGACAAACAGAGGACGACGUGCCCAUCUGCUCUAUUGGACCACAGAAGGUGGCACCGCACUUGAGCAGCAUGAGCAUCUCCCUGCCAUCAGUAACACCAAGGACAAGGUUUCCUCCUGCAGCCCCGUGUUUAAGCUGCAGCCGCUGAGGACGGAGCUGAUGCCUGGCCAGACAGCAGAGAUGCUGCUGGAAGGCUCCUGCAGCACCCCCCAGGUGGUGAAGGAGAAGCUGCUGUGUCACACCAUGGUGGGCAAGGAGGGAGUGAAGAAUCUGAUCAUGCAGGUGGACGUCACGUGCGAGUUCAUUGCUCCUGCUCUGCAAAUAUCCACCAGAGAAAUGACUUUCCGGGUGGAGAAGCAUCCCGGUGAUGUCCUGACUCUUCAGUACAAGCCUCUGUCUUUAAAGAACAUCUGCUCCCUGCCCCUCAGCGUGGUCCUCACCUUAGAGCAGCCCUUCUCCAUCUGCACUGUGGACCAGCAGCCUCUGCCUGCAGAUGCUCAGCCCAUGAAGCUGAAGACAGGGGAGGAACUUCAGCUCUGCAUCGGAUUUAACCCUGCUUAUGAGGAGGAUUUGCUUAUCCGGGCAGCAGAGAAGGCUCUGAAGGUCAAGUUCCUGGAGCAUCCUCAUGAAGAGCAGGUGACCGUUCGGGGAGAAGUCUACUUCCCGAACCUUCAGAUCCAGACCACGGCCCUGGACUUUGGCUGCAUCUUGAAUGACACCAAAGAUGUGCGUUACAUGGAGAUGACCAACUGCAGCCCACUGGUUGUCCAGUACCACUGGUCAUUCCUGAAGGACAGCCAGGUGAACCCAGUGAGGUUCAUGGAGACAGAGCCCCUGGCCUUGGGUGUGGAGGAGGUGUUCGCUCUCCUGCCGCUGCAGGGUGAGCUGCAGCCGGGCCAGAGCCAGCGCGUCACCUUCACCUUCUUGGGCCACGCCAACCGCGUCACCCAGGGCACGGCGCUGUGCAGGGUGGAGGGAGGCCCCAGCUACGAGGUGGCUCUGCGUGGGGAGGCCUCAGGCAUCAGCUACCUCCUGGACACCACCGAGAUCGACUGCGGGCUGCAGGUGUUUAACAAAGUCACGGAAGCAGCAGUGACCCUGCAGAACAGUGGGAAGCUGGGAUUUGCCUUUGUGGUGCUGAGCCCUGGCACAGGCACUGCAGCCAGCCCUCUGCCUGGCGUGCCCCUGGUCGUGCCCAGCACGGGUUACGUUGAACCUGGCAAGCAGCAAGUGCUGAGAGUCUAUUACCUGCCAGGAGUGCCUGGAGUCUUCUGCAGGGCUUUCCAGAUCCAAGUGGGUCACCUGGAGCCAGAAAAAGUCUGCCUGAAAGGAGAAGGGACCUUUCCCAGGAUCCACUUGGACCUGCCCAGGAACAUCAAAGGCAACACCAAAUAUGAGAAGAUCCUCCAAAAGGCCCAAGAAAAGCUGGACAAAGGCAGCCAGAGAGACGAGGCCAUUGCUCUGGGGGAGGCUGUGGCAGCCGAGCCCUGCAUGGACGACUCGGGCACCGUGUGGGAUGCUCAGCUGCAGAUGCAGAUGGAGGAGAUGCUGAUGGAGGAACAUGCCGUGGAGCAGCAGAAAGCUCUCAGCUCCCGUCCCCCGGAGGACACUGCCUUUCAGCAGCGUGUCCAUCGGAGGCUUCUCAAAGCUGAGCUGCCCGAAUACAUCCUGGACCUUGGCUAUGUCGUUCCCGGUGACAUCCACACACACACGGUGAAGAUCACCAACACCGGGCACUUCCCUGCAUCUUUCCGUGUCGAUGGAUAUGUCCUGUAUAACACAGGCUUCAGCGUGUGCCUGGAGCGUGUGAAGCACCUGCCCUCCUGUGAGAGCAAGACAUUUGAAGUGUGCUUCGACCCACAAAGUGCCAACGUGCCCCUGGGAAAAGUGGAUGUGCUCCUGCCCAUCAAGGUCAGAGGAGGCCCCACAUUCCAGGUCCGCCUCCGUGCCAUGGUGGCUGAGCCGUCCCUCUGCCUGUCCAGGGACAGGCUGGAGUUCUCCGCUGUCCAGUGUGGGCAGUGCCAGGAAGAAACCAUCCAGCUCCACAACACGUUCCAGGUCCCCUGUAAAUGGUCCAUCAGCAUGACUGAUCCUGUUCAGGAGGUGGACAAACAUCUGCCAGGGAGCGAGCACCAGAAGCUGCUGGAGGAGAUGAAGUCUGUGCCCUGUGGCUUUGAGGUGCUGCCCUCAGCUGGAAGCCUCGCUCCAGGACAGCAGUGCCACGUCCAAGUCCGUUUUUCACCCACGGAAGAGAAGUGCUACCGGGGCGAGCUGCAGAUCCAGAUUUGCCAGAGCAGCCAACGCCUGCAGGUGCCGGUCUUGGGACGUGGUCUGGAGCCACGGCUGGAGUCCAUCCCUCCCCUACAGACACCAAAAGAUGACAACAGCCCCAACAGCUUGUUGCUGCCGCCGUGUGCCGCAGGAGAGAAGCUAACUGCUGAGGCCCAAGGAACGGGCAUAAAGAUGAAGGUUGACGUUGUGGAUCCACCAGGAAAGGUGGUGAAGCUGGGAAACGUCUGCAUUGGACAGACGGUGAAGAAGAUGGUCACCGUAGCCAACAAGAGUGCAGCCCCUCUCACCUUUAAGCUGAGGGUCACGUCCACCGUGCCAGAGUUGCAGGAAGCUGGGGUUCUGUGCUUGAAGCCCAGCAAGGAUCUAAAGCUGAAGGGCAGAGGAGACACCUGCAAAGUGGAGGUGACCUUCUCCCCGAAGCGCCGCAUGCAGCCGUUCAGCGGGGAAGUGCUGCUGGAGUGCCGCGGGCUGGUGCGCUCCCUCUGUGUGGUGCGGGGCUCCUGCCAGGGCAGCCUCGUGAGCCUGGACCAGGACCAGCUCAGCUUUGGAGCCGUGGUGCAGCAGAGCUACACGUGCCGGCGCGUCGUCAUGCGGAACGCGGGCGACACGAGAGUCAGGUUUAUGUGGGACGUGGAGAGCUUCAAGCCAGACUUUUCCAUCAGCCCCACAAAGGGUUACAUCAGCCCAGGGAUGGAUGUGCCCUUGGUUGUGACCUUCCGCCCCUCGAAGCUGAGCCAGGCUGUCCAGUACGAGGGGCUGCGGUGCUUCAUCCAGGGCAGUGAGGCGCUGCGGCUUACGCUGGCAGGAUCCUGUGUGGAGGCCCCUGGCCCCAAAGAGACCCUGACUUUCAGCUGCCAUGUGCGUGAGAGGCAGAGCCAGACCAUCCUCCUGUCCAACCCGAGCAGCGAGGCCUGGACCCUGCAGCCCAUCAUUGAGGGGAAAUACUGGAAAGGGCCUGAAUUUAUCCAUCUGGAGGCCAGGCAAAAAGAAAAGGUCUACCAGGUCACCUACAGACCCCUAACCAUGAGCUCUGAGAACAAGAAGCACCAGGGCUCCAUCUUCUUCCCCCUGCCGGACGGGACAGGCUUACGCUACCACCUGGAAGGAACUGCUGAAGCCCCCAGGUGUUCAGGGGCCAUUUCCCGGCAGGUUCCAUGCAGGAAGUGCCACACGGAGCUCAUCCCUGUGUCCAACUGGCUGCACAGACCACAGAGGUUCCUGGUGGUUAUUGACAUGCUCAAACCAGAGAACCUGGAAAGCAGUUCUGUGCUGCAGGGGUGUUCCUACAUGGACGUGCCAAGCUCUGCAAAGAAGGACUACCAGCUCACCUUCCUCUCCUACAAAGAAGGGGUCUUCAGGGCAAAGGUGACCUUCCUCAAUGAGACAACCGGAGAGUACUUGUUCCACAUGGUGACUUUCAAGGCGGUGGCUUCAGGACCCAUGGGCACUGUUCAAAUGAGCACCGCUGUUCGGCAGAGAGUGUCCUCCAGCGUCAAGGUGGACAACCCUCUGCCUGUCCCGGUGACGUUUGACAUCAACUGCAAAGUGCCUGACGUCAGCGUUCCCCAGCACUUUACUGUCCCUGCACAGUCGAAGGCGGAUCUUGUCUUGGAGUAUCAGCCCCUGCAAACGGGUGAGAGCAGCGGGCAGCUGGUUCUCCAGAGCAGCGACUUGGGCUCUCUGUUUUACACCCUGCAGCUGAAAGCCACCUGGAGCAGGCCAGAGAAGCCCGUGUAUUUCCGCACCAGGCUGGGCUCCCGUCAGACCAUCACCACCAAAAUACGGCAUUUUGCCCAGCAGAAGACCGAGUACCUCGUACAGACCGACUGUGCCGACUUCCAGACGGCAAAAUCCAUCAGUGCGGCACCCGCCAGUGCUGGGGGCUCGGACCUGAGCGUGGAAGUGACCUUUGAGCCCUGCCACCUGGGCGAAGCCAAGGCCACGCUGCAGCUCAGCUCUGCAUUGGGCGGGCAGUACUGCAUCCCACUCAUCGGCCUUGCGCUGCCCCCUGAAGCCCAGGGCCCCUUCCUCAUCCCAGCCGGCGGCACCACCUCCAUCUCCUUCAGGAACGUCUUCCGGAAGGCCACGGCGUUCCAAUACGCAGUGAAGCACCCAGGCUUCACCGUCAGGGCCCCCGAGGUGCUGCGCGCCAAGAGCAGCACCACCAUCACCGUCUCCUUCGUGGGCGGCCCGGCUCCUGUCACCAGCAGGCUGGUGGUCUCCUGCCCUGGGGGCUCCUGGAUCUACCACCUCCGGGGCCUGCCCUCCCCCCGCAAGUGAGCAGCUGCCCCCGGCCCUUCCUGCCACGUUCGUGCUCUCUGGAGCAAAUAAAUGUCAU